UUCUUUCUUUCUGUCCCCUACACUCACACUUCACUAUAUUUCAAAAUAUAUUAUUAUAAUAUAUAGUUUUUUCAUAUCUAUAGCGGUGGAACUGGCAACAACUGUGUAUCUAAUCUCAACAAACACUCUCUUUCACCAUCACUACCACACUACUAUCCAUACUCUUCUUAUUCAAUACAUAUAUAACAUUUCUUACUAUAUAUAUAUAUAUAUAUAUAUAUAUUGAUUAUAUACUCAUUCUUUUUUUAGUUUCACAUCUUCUUGGAAGUAUCUUGAUUCUUGAUACUUCAUUUAUUGUCAAGUUCUUCAAUCCUUCUUGGAUCACUGAGCUGAUUCUCUUAAUGUCUAGAUAAAGAAGAUUUGAUUUUAAUUGUCUUAAAGAAGUGCUUCAAAGGUAGAAGAUGCAAAGAAGCUUGAGAAAUGGAAGUAAAGGUGGAAAAUCCUCAACCAUAGAAAGAAAGUUGGCAUUGCAACAAGAUGUGGAUAAAUUGAAGAAGAAGCUUAAGCAUGAGGAGAACAUUCGCAAGGCAUUAGAGAGAGCUUUCAAUAGACCUUUAGGAGCUUUACCUCGACUUCCUCCUUACCUACCUCCUUAUAUACUAGCACUUCUAGCUGAAGUGGCAGUUUUGGAAGAGGAAAUUGUUUGGCUUGAAGAGAAAGUUGUGCAUUUCAGGCAGGAUUUGUAUCAUGAAGCUGUCUAUUUGUCAUCUUCUAAGACCAAAUUGGAGCAUUUAUCACCUCUUCCAAACAAUUCAAACACAGCAUCAACAAUGAACAGUCCUAAAUUGGAUGAAUUGAAGUCUCUUUCACAAACAGUUGAUGAUAAUCCAGCAGCAACGUCGACAACUAGGCCUACCAUACCACUCCAAGAUAAUGGACAAGGAAAAGAGAAUCGAUCCGGCACUAAUUCUUUCAAGAGCAGGCUGCAACCCUCCAAGCAAAUGAGUAGAAGUCCAAUAAAAAAUCUUCAUGUUGACAAUAAGUCAUCAUUGCAUAAAAAGUCGCAUUCUCCGAAAAGGAAGCAACAACCAAGGGUAAAAGAACAGAAAAUUGCAGAAUUAAGACAACCUAGUCCACACCAAAUGUCAACAGAAGCUGACUGUCCAAAUGUGAUUUCGGAAAAUAUUCUGAAGUGCUUAUCAAGCAUUCUCUUGAGAAUGAGUUCAGUGAAGUAUCCAGGUUCUGCAGGCGACAUAUCUUCGCCCUUAUGGGCUCUAAAGCCUCAAAACCGUGUUGAAGGAACAGAGUUUUGGGACCCGUAUGGCAUCUGUCUGGAAUUUGGAAGGAGGGAUAUUGGUCCCUACAAGCAUUUAUGUGCAAUUGAUGCUAAAUCUUUCAAUGCAAAACGAACCGGAAAUACUUUGUUUUUACUGCACCGGUUGAAACUUCUUUUUAGGAAGCUAACUUCUGUCAACUUGGAAAACCUCAAUCAUCAAGAGAAGCUUGCAUUUUGGAUCAACACGUAUAACUCGUGUAUGAUGAAUGAAUUCAUAGAGAAUGGCAUACCGGAUAAUCCUGAAAUGGCUGUCGCAAUGAUGCGGAAGGCAAAAAUAAAUGUUGGUGGACACAUACUAAGUGCAACAACCAUAGAGCAUUUCAUUUUAAGACUUCCUCAUCACUACAAAUUUACGAUUUCCAAGGGAGCGAAAAAUCAUGAUAUGAUAGCAAGAAGCAUAUAUGGAUUGGAACUCUCAGAACCUCUAGUUACAUUUGCUCUCUCUUGUGGAACUUGGUCGUCUCCUGCUGUGAGAGUUUACACAGCAUCUCAAGUGGAGAAUGAACUGGAAGUGGCCAAAAGAGAGUACUUACAAGCAACAGUUGGAAUUUCAACGUCCAAGUUUGCGAUCCCAAAGCUUUUGGAUUGGUAUUUACAGAACUUCGCAAAAGACUUAGAAUCACUGAUGGAUUGGAUCUGCCUUCAGUUACCAAGUGAACUGGGAAAAGAAGCCAUUAAAUUGCUUGAGGAAAGAAAAAAUGAGCCCCUCUCACAAUUUGUACAAAUCAUGCCAUAUGAUUUCAGCUUUAGAUACUUGUUUUGCACAUAAUUUUGAUUUAGUUUUUCUCUAUAUUGGUUUAUUGAUGUCGAGGAAGCAAUUUUGUAUACACCUGUAGAUCAUUCAUAAGAAAAAUAAUGUAAAUUUAUCAUCUGUUCUUUUAUCACAUUGUGUAGAUUUCUUUAGAUUCCUUCUCAAGUAUAGUGAAUAAAGUAAGCAUUGCAAUUUGCAUGUUCUAUGAUAUGAA